CUGCCUACUCAACUCCCUGCACCGUCACCUUUACUCUCCCAAGUUCCCCUCUGGGCACUUGAGGCAAGGAAGCACCAGGGAACCAGGCACCAGGCCCCCUCCUGCUAUCACCUGGGGUGGCCCCUAGAUUGCUGCUGUGGGAGGACAAGCAGACCCGUGCUCACCACUGUCUGGGUGAACUGACUGCCUUGCAGGUCAAAGGACACGUGAGGGUUUGCACUGGGCAGAGAGCAGCAUCCUGAUGGCCUCCCUAUUCCCCUAGCAGGAGAUUGGACCUGUAGUGUGUCCACUGCCAAAUGCUGGCAUGUGGUGCUCUGGAAUGAGGUUCUUGGGAUUCUACACGCUUCCUGGACCAGGGAUGGUUCUCUGGCCAUCCUCCCAUCUUGAUGGUGCCCUUCAUCUGGAGCCAGGUGGAAAAGGGAUCCCAGGAGCUGGGCUUUACUCCUAUUCUGUAGUCCUGGGGCCACCUAGCCCCUACCGCCCCCCACCAUGUUGAGUGUUCCUAUAAGUGGAAGAAUCUGUACAGGCACAGCCCAUGGGGCUUGCUGGGCCAGGCCCAACCACUUCUCCAGCCCAGCAGAGUUGCUCCUGCCUCACCUCUUCCCUCCCUGGCAGCCUCUGCUCAAUACUUGUUAGACAUCAUGGGUCAUUUCAACCUGGAGCAGAUAAACAUCCCACUCCCCUUCCUAAUGGAAGAUGAACCCACAAGGUGGGUGAGUAAAAGCCAGGCAGUGUCUAUACUGGGCACAUCCCUGAGGCCACCCCUGGUCAUUAGGGUGACCCAAGACUGUCCUUAGCACCCCUUCUUCUUCAUAGGCUGAGUGAGAUAUGUGGGUGCCUGUUUCACUGUUGAGGUCACAUUAGGACAGCCUGGUCCCCAGUGAUGGGGAAACCAAGGCCUGGAGAAGGUGACAAGUCUGUGUGACAUGUCCAUCAUGGGGCUUGGCAUCAAACUUGGGUCUGCCGGACCUGGUAGCUGCAGCCUGACCCUCAUCAGACUCAUAGGCAGGACUAAGUAGAGGGCACAGCCUUCUGCCCCACUCCAGCUUCCUUGUACCUGUGAGGACACGUUUCUGCAGCCCAUGGCAGCACUCAUCACUCACCGGAAGCCUGCGUGUGGCCAGAGCCUGCUUCCUAAUCUGUAAACACGGGGUGUGUUUCCCAGUGGUGGUGAGCUUGAGAGGGGGUGGCAAGCGAGCCGGCCACACAGGUCCUGCGGCCUCAGGCCUCCUGGUUGCCCAACAAGCUGCUGGGGGCGGGCCACAGCUACUGAUUAAAGGCUGCCUCGAGCAGCCUGUGUGGAGACAGGUGUCCCGUCCUGCAGCCUAGGAAGCCGGCCAGCGCCUGCCUCAGCUCUAGGCCUCACUGCCCCUGUGAAAACAUCACCAUGUCUGAGCCACCCCGGGCUGAGACCUUUGUCUUCUUGGACCUGGAAGCCACUGGGCUCCCCAAUGUGGAUCCAGAGAUUGCUGAGAUAUCCCUCUUCGCUGUUCACCGUUCCUCCCUGGAGAACCCUGAGCGUGAUGAGUCUGGCACCCCCAUGCUGCCCCGUAUCCUGGACAAGCUCACGUUGUGCAUGUGUCCAGAGCGCCCCUUCACUGCCAAGGCCAGCGAGAUUACGGGCCUGAGCAGCGAGGGUCUGGCGCAGUGCCGGAAGGCUGGCUUUGAUGGUGCUGUGGUGCGGACGCUGCAGGCCUUCCUGAGCCGCCAGGAGGGCCCUAUUUGCCUUGUGGCCCACAAUGGCUUUGACUACGACUUCCCUCUGCUCUGUACAGAGCUUCAACGCCUGGGUGCUCACCUACCCCGGGACACUGUCUGCCUGGAUACACUGCCAGCAUUGCGGGGCCUGGACCGUGCCCACAGCCACAGCACCCGGGCUCAAGGCCGCAAGGGCUACAGCUUGGGCAGCCUCUUCCACCGCUACUUCAAUGCUGAGCCAAAUGCAGCCCACUCAGCUGAGGGCGAUGUACACACCCUGCUCCUUAUCUUCCUGCAUCGCGCUGCUGAGCUACUCGCCUGGGCAGAUGAGCAGGCCCUCAGUUGGGCCCACAUUGAACCCAUGUACACACCCCCUGAUGGUUCAAGCAUUGAGGCCUGAUUCCACCUCACCAGUUCAUCCAGGCUCCGUGGCCUGGAGCUGGUCCUCACCAGGGAGACUUGCUGCCCCUUAUCCUAGUUCUUAGCUGGGUGACCCCAGGCCUGGUUGACCAUAGAGCCCAAGAGCCUUUAAGCCCACCUCCAGGCCUAUACACCCUCUUGCUGGCCAGCCCGCUCUUGCCGUUGGCAGCUUUGGGGAUUCCAUUCUUCCCCUGUUUCUCAAUAAACAUCACUAACUACUUA